AUUGCAUUUUCUUUUUUCUUCUUUAUGUCUUUCCUUGCGCGUCUAUCUGGCUCUGUUCGUCGACCUGUUGUCUAUACAGCCACUCGUUAUUAUACUGCUGGUGCAGUUGCUCCUCAGUCACUUGUCAGUCGUCUCAAAGAAGAUCGUAAGACACUCAUGAAAGCCAAGAAACAACCUGAUCUCAAUGUUGUGAAGGGACUCUUGAGCGAUUUAUCGUAUCAUACAAAAAGUACUGAAUUUGUACAAGGAUCUUCUGAAGAAGAUGCUGCCAAAGUAGUGCUUCAAAGAGCCAUUAAGCGUCGUCAAGACUCCAUUCAUCAGUAUGAAGCAGGCAAUCGACCUGAAUUAGCCAGUCAAGAAAAGGAAGAAUUAGUGAUCUUGCAGAGCUAUAUGCCUGAUCAAAUGACGCCUGAAGAAAUUGAACAGGAAUUAAAGGAAAUCAUUGGUGAAGUAGGUGCUACUACUUCAAGAGAUAUGGGUAAAGUCAUGAAAGUCUGGAAGCGCGAUCCUCUUACAGCUGACCGCAAGACAGUGACUGAUAUCUUGAAAAAGUUGUUGAAUUAAAUAAAAAGCCAAGAUAUUUUUUUUUUU